CCACUCAGAGGAGUUAUCUUCGACAUGGACGGAACGCUGACACGUCCGCAAACGUGGAUGUUUGGCGAGAUGCGUAGACAGUUGCAGGUGCCCGCCGGCGUGGACAUUCUCGACCAUGUGGCUUCGCUGGCGACCGUGGAGGCCCAGACGGAGGCAGAGGCGAAGUUGCAGGCGAUCGAGGAGAAGGCAAUGCGGGAGCAAGAGCCCACCAAGGGCCUGCAGCGGGCAUUCGCCAUGCUCUCCGAGCGGGGGGUGUACACGUCGAUUUGCACGAGAAACGUGGCGAAGCCCGUGGGCGAUUUCUGCGGGAAGUUCUUGCAGUGUGACCCCUUCGACGGAGACGGGAGAAGUAGAAUUGUCACAGGACCGGUGGUGACACGGGAGUUUAAGCCGCCAAAGCCAGCGCCCGAGCCAUUGCUGCACAUCAUCUCCGCGUGGGGGGUGGCGCCGCAACAGGUGCUCAUGGUGGGCGACUCCCGGGACGACAUGGACGCCGGCUUGGCUGCCGGUUGUGCAGUCGUGCUCCUACGCCACGAAGACAACUCCCACGUCGAGACCGCCUACCUCGAGAAGAACGCCUCCUCGAAACUGGACGCGGUUGUGUCUGACCUGGAC